GACGCACACCGAGAUCCAAUGAGCAAACGCAAGGCUGAAGAACCCAAAGACGAACCUAUGGUCGACAAAUCAGACGAUUCCCAGGAUGAAGAUGAGGAAAUUGUCGACGUUGACUUCGACUUCUUCGAUGUGGAUCCAGUCGACUUUCACGCUGUGAAAAGACUAUUGGGCCAACUGUUCUCGGCUGAUGCUGAGCUUUUGAACCUUACCGACUUUUCUGAUCUAAUUAUUAGUCAAGCCAAUGUCGGCUCAACCGUCAAAGUUGACGGAAAAGAAUCCGAUCCAUAUGCUCUUCUGACAGUCAUUAAUACCAACGUUCAUAAGGAAAACGCUUCCGUCAAAGGGGUAGUGGAAUAUCUCAUGUCUAAGUGCCCAAUGAAAGAUGUUGCAUUGCGUGGUCAAGUUGCGCAAGUCUUGCAGCCACGAGAACCAAACCAAGGUCACGAUGCUGCAAUCGUUAUUUCUGAACGAUUCUUGAAUAUGCCAGUUCAAAUCAUGCCUCCCAUGUACAAAAUGCUGAUGGAAGAAAUGGCGAAGACCAACGCAGCGAAUGGAGGAUUCGAUUUUGAGUGGUACGUUUUCAUCUCCAAGACAUACAAGGAAGUGCAAUCGACGCUCGAUGAAGAAGGUGAACAGCUUGAAGCUCCAGUAGCACCCAAGAAAAAGAAGGCUAAGAAGCAAGCACAGGAGAUGGAGCUGAUGUACUUUCAAUCGGAAGACGAGAUUAUUGCCGAACACGCUGACAUUCAAUAUGACUUCAAACUUACAAACGCUGACAAGGAAGCGUCAUCCGAUGCACGACGUGCCUUCACAGACUAUGGCAUCGCACCAGGAAGGAGGGUGAUGAUGGUGAAAAGCAGUAAAAUGAAAGCAAUGAUAGAGGCAUUAGAAGAAGCAUGUGCGAUAUAGAGAAAACCAUUUUGUACAAUAUACGACGAGCGCACGGCCAACGUGAAAGCCAACAGAAUCUAACUUUGGAGCCAACGUGCCAGCUGACAUUGAUCAUUGUAUUCGUAUUGAUUCGAUCUGUCAACCUAACUACAAUAUAGAUUGUGUGUUGCUUGGAAACAAUGAUGUUUGUAAGAUCAGCAAUGUUGCUGCUCGUUAUAUUUUUAAUGAUCGACAAGGAACGGAAAAAAGUAUUCAUGUUGGAGACAUCUGAGAUUCAAAC